GUUAAAGUAUGCACGUGCAUCUCGGCAUCCAGUAACGUCACGACUAUACGAAUAAAGAUUUCACGAAGCUGCGUUGAUAUUUUCACAAGCACAUGUAACAUCAACGGCAGACUCCCACCCUGAGGCACUGGUUCUCGAUGACCCUCGGGAUUCAGUCUGCAACGAGAAGCCGGCCAGGCUUCAUCGGUCUCAACGUGAAAGUAUCUCUGAAGCAGACUGCAGUGGUGAAGACAUAACUUAUUGAGAGGAAAGAAGAAGAACAAAAAAUAAAGAGCAAAAAGUAAUAAUAAGAUCGAACAGGAUGGCCGGCUCGAAGGCUUUGGGCUUUCUUUCGGUGCUGGUCCUGUUCGUGGUUCACCAGGUCAAUUCAGAGAUUUUGACGCCACCCUAUUUCAAUCUCGCGGAGGGUCGCGAGAUCAUCGCCUCAGCUACUUGCGGUGUUGAUCAUCCGGAACCAGAACUAUAUUGCAAAUUGGUGGGAGCUAAUGCAGAUCAGGAUGAGGAUAUCAACCUUAUCCAGGGCCAGGUCUGUGAUUACUGUGACCCGAGUAACCCCGAGAAGCGACAUCCUCCGGAGCACGCUGUCGAUGGUAUGGAAACCUGGUGGCAAUCCCCACCACUCUCUCGAGGAAUGAAAUAUAACGAAGUCAACUUGACUAUCAAUCUGGGCCAGGAAUUUCAUGUGGCUUACGUCUACGUCCGAAUGGGUAAUUCCCCAAGACCAGGACUUUGGAUUCUGGAAAAAUCAAAGGACUACGGAAAAACUUGGUCACCCUGGCAAUAUUUCUCUGAUUCUGCCAACGACUGCCUCACAUAUUUUGGUGUAGACAGCAACACACCAAUUACUAGAGACGACAGUGUAAUUUGUACAACAGAGUACUCCAAAAUUGUUCCACUAGAAGGUGGUGAAAUUCCGAUAUCUAUCUUGAAUAACCGGCCGUCUGCCAAACAUUAUUUUAAUUCCACGCUGCUCCAAGAAUGGACGAGGGCAACAAAUGUACGAUUCCGUUUUCUGAGGACGAAAAAUCUCUUGGGCCAUUUGAUGUCUGUAGCCAGACAAGAUCCCACGGUAACAAGGCGCUACUUUUAUUCCAUCAAGGACAUUAGCAUCGGAGGCAGAUGCAUGUGCAACGGCCAUGCUGAUACCUGUGACAUCCAAGAUCCAAAUACACCAAAGAAAUUGGUCUGCCGAUGCCAGCACAAUACGUGUGGUCCACAAUGCGCAACUUGUUGCAAGGGAUUCGAGCAGAAGAAGUGGCGACAGUCAACUGCAUUCAAAAAAUUCACCUGCGAGCCCUGCAACUGUUUCGGACAUUCCGACGAAUGCGUCUACGAUCCUGAAAUUGACGAAAAGCACCUCUCGUUGGACAUCCACAUGAAUUACGAAGGUGGUGGGAUCUGUCAGAAUUGUCGAGACAACACAGAGGGUAUAAACUGUGAUCGGUGUAUACCGACCUUCUACAGACCUAGAGGCAAACCCUUGAAUGCCACUGAUGUGUGUCAUCCUUGUAAUUGUAAUUAUUUCAACUCUACUGGAAAUUGCGCAGAUUCUACCGGGAAAUGCGAGUGUCGACCUGAGUUCACUCCACCUGAUUGCGAUUCAUGUAGCUAUGGAUACUUUGGUUACCCAAAUUGUAGACCAUGCGAAUGUUUCCUUAAUGGCACAGAUGGAUACCAUUGCGAAUCCAUAAACGGCUCCUGCCCUUGUAAAUCAAACUAUGGAGGAUUUUACUGUAACCUAUGUGCAGAGGGAUACUACAACUUCCCAGAUUGCAAACCGUGUCAAUGCAAUCCCUUAGGUUCCAUGCAUGGCGUCUGUGAUGUUAUUAAUGGGAAUUGCGUAUGCAAGAACAGUUACGGUGGCAGAAAAUGCGACAUAUGCGAAAAUGGCUAUUACAAUUACCCAAGUUGUAGCUUCUGUAACUGCGAUACUCGUGGUACGGAAGCUGAAGUUUGCGAUAAGACCGACGGUCACUGUCUCUGCAAGGAAGGAUACGGCGGUGCUAGGUGCGAUCAAUGCAGCAGUGGCUACUAUGGGUAUCCAAAUUGCAGACCCUGCAACUGCAGCAUCGUUGGAUCAUCCUCAGUCAGUUGCGACGCUUCUGGAAAGUGUUCUUGUCUAGGGAACUUUGCUGGACGAACCUGCGACCAGUGCAGUCCUGGAUUUUACAUGUAUCCUGAUUGCAUUGCUUGCAACUGUGAUAAUCAAGGAUCAAAUGGCGUAUCGUGCGACACAGAAGGACGCUGUCAGUGUUGGGAUAACUUCGAUGGGGAGAAGUGUGCACAGUGCAAGGAGGGAUACUACAACUUCCCAACCUGCGAGGGAUGUAACUGCGAUCCCGCCGGAGUUGUCGAGACAUUUAUGGGCUGCGGAUCCUUACCUGUAGGAGAACUUUGCCAAUGCAAGGACCGCGUCCAAGGUCGUAUUUGUAAUCAGUGCAGGCCUCUCUAUUGGAACCUUCAGCAAGCGAAUCCUCAGGGAUGUGAAGAAUGCAAAUGCAAUAUCCCAGGAGUGAUUGGUAGCAUUGCAGAGUGCGAUACCAAAAGUGGGCAAUGUAUCUGCAAGCCGGGUGUUACCGACAGAGCUUGCACCAGAUGUAUCGACGGAACGUAUAAUUUGGAAGAGAGCAACUUAUUUGGAUGUUCCGAUUGUGCAUGCGACAUCGGCGGAUCUGUGAAUUCAAUUUGCGAUAAAAUAAGUGGUCAAUGUCCAUGUCAACCAAGAGUAACUGGACUUACUUGUAAUGAACCCUUAAAGGCUCAUUAUUUUCCAACUCUUCAUCAAUUUCAAUAUGAAGUCGAGGACGGUAGGACAUCGAGUAACAGUCCCGUGAGGUAUGGAUUCGCAGAAAAUCUGUUCCCAGGAUACUCCUGGAAAGGGUAUGCUGUAUUUUCAGCUCUACAGGAUAAAGUUAUUCAAUUGGUAGACAUCCACAAGUCUUCUCUAUAUAGAAUGGUACUUCGAUAUGUAAAUCCAAACAAUGAAACAAUUCUUGGUUCUAUUACGAUUAUUCCCGAAAAUCCUUCAGAAAGCGAACAAAAGUUUAUGGUACAGCUCAAGCCCAGCUCGAAACCAGCAUUUGUUACCGUUGCCGGAGCACAGGGUAACUUACCCUCGCCAUUGGUUAUGAAUCCUGGGCGGUGGAGUAUAGUUAUUUCCACCAAGAAGAGCCUCUUUCUAGAUUACUUCGUGUUGCUUCCUUCAGAAUACUACGAGGCUACGAUCCUCACCCAGGAUGUUAAUAUACCAUGUGAAAUUGGAUAUACAGGAUUGUGUAGACACUACGGCUAUCCCAGCUUGGCACAGUUUGAUUCUGUGAACGGAGUAGAUGCAUUUUCAAGCAGAAACAACAUCAAGAUCCCGUUAUCAGAAUAUUUCCAAGAGGAGGAAACACUUCGUGAAAUCGGCAAUCUUCAGUUUCCUUUGAUCAAUGAGAAUCAAGAAGAAAUCCAAUUCGAUUUCAAAGUUGCCAAUUCUGGGCUAUACGUUUUAAUAGUGACUUAUAUCACAUCUAAGAACGAGUACGACAUUGCUACUAUAAACGUUGAGGCAAGUAAUAUUGAGAAGGGUAAAGUUACUCUCUAUCCCUGCAAGUAUACAAGUAUCUGUAGACAAGUAGUCACUGACAGGUACGGAAAGGUAGCUGUUCUCAACUUGCCAAGUGAUUACAUCAGACUCAUUCUUACUAGAGAACCUAGUGCAGGAACCGCCAAGGUAUCUUUAAAUUCGGUGGUAGCCAUUCCGUAUAAUCGUUGGUCCUUGGACUAUAUCAGUCCAAAAUCUGUGUGCGUCAGGAAGAAUGGCAAAUGCGUCCAGGGAAUCUUCCCAGCUGCGGCAGACUCUAAAAAAAUCGAGUUUGAGACCAGUAACGAGGUUUUAGACGUAGGAAGCAGACCAUACGGAAUUUACGAUAACAGUACGAAGUUAAUACAUCUGAAUAACGUGGAUGCGUCUGUAGAUGUUCCUGGCAAGGCACCUCAACCCGGUGAAUACGUAUUCGUCGUGCAGUACUUCCAGCCGGAUCAUCCGCAAUUUGAACUCGAUGUCCUUAUACAAAAUGGUAAAUCCUACGAGGCUAAAGUGCCGGUACCUCACUGUCCCAGUAACAGUGGUUGCAGAAGUAUCAUCCGUCAGUCUGAUGGCAAUACAAAGUUCCAACUGAAUGAGAAUUUCGUGAUCAGCUUCAAGGAAACAACUGGAAAUGAUAUUUGGUUGGAUUACAUUCUGGUGAUACCAACCGAUCAAUAUGGAGACAAGCUAUUAAAGAAAAUCCAAUUCGAUCAAACUAAAGAGUUCAUAAAAAAAUGUGGCAACAAUCAUUUCCACAUAAAUGUGAUUGACGAAAGCUUCUGCAGAGAUUCAAUAUUUUCAUUAACGACAAAUUAUAACAACGGUGCAUUGCCCUGCCAGUGCGACAUAGAGGGUACAAGAAGCUUCGAAUGCGAAAAAUUCGGCGGACAAUGUCCUUGCAAACCGAACAUAAUAGGCAGACGUUGUGAAAUCUGUAAGACUGGCUUCUACGGCUUUCCAAACUGCAGACCAUGCAAUUGCCCAAGCACAGCAAUUUGUGAACAAGAAACUGGUGCUUGCAUAUGUCCUCCUAGGGUAACAGGAGAGCGCUGCGAUGAAUGCGAAUCAGGAACUUACGGAUUCCAUCCUAUAAUCGGUUGCGAGGAGUGCAACUGUGCGCCUCAGGGUGUCCAAGGAGGCGAUCUUCAGUGUGAUCUUUUCAGCGGUAGCUGUAGAUGCAGGGACAACGUAGUGGGUCGUCAAUGCGACAAGUGCUUGGCUGGCUUCUCACAAUUUCCACUAUGUGAAAAAUGUGAUUGCGAUACCAGAGGAACGACGUAUGACAUAUGCGAUCAGAGAACGGCUGAAUGUUAUUGCAAGGCUAACGUUCUGGGACAAGCCUGUGAUAUUUGCAAGGAGGGUACCUUCAAUAUUCAAGAAAGCAACGAAGAGGGCUGCACCAAGUGCUUCUGUUUUGGAAAGACAACCCGUUGCGCCUCAGCCGAUCUAUACAGAGCAUACGUUUUCGAUAUGGUUGAUUGGGAUGUUGUAUAUGUCAAUGAUAAGACUGGCAACGUCAGUAUGCUGAAAACACUACCGCAGGAACUGAAUGAGACAAGCAUAAACGUUAGUUUAACGAAUGACGACACGAUCGACAACGUAGUGUACUUCUCAGCACCUAGAAGCUAUCUGGGAAAGAAAUUGACAUCCUAUGGUGGUUACGUAAACUAUACAGUGCAUUACAGUACAGGUCAAUUCGGAAAUGCCGUAGCUGGACCAGAUUUAAUACUCUAUGGUGCUGACAUCUUCCUCCUUCACUAUGGAGAUGAACAACCACCAUCAUUCACAAAUUUCCGUGCAGCCGUUGAGAUUGUCGAAUCAAAGUUCGUCACAUUAAAUCGUAGCCCAGCUACCAGAGAACAGAUAAUGGUCGUUUUAGAAAACCUGCAUGGUAUUUACAUCAGAGCGACUUAUUGGCAACCUAGCCUAAUAGGCACCUUGUCUUAUGUGACGCUUGAUAUCACCACCGAAGAUUACAUACCCAACAGUGUCCCGGCACACAGCGUAGAACAAUGUCAAUGCCCACCAAACUAUCAGGGUCUAUCCUGUGAGGAAUGUGCACCAGGAUAUUACAGAGUAGAAUCUGGACCUUACGGGGGUUACUGCGUGCCCUGUCAAUGUAAUAAUCAUGCUGACACGUGCGACGUCAACACUGGAAUUUGCUACAACUGUAAGAAUGGCACAACGGGAGAUCAUUGUGAAUUAUGUGAACCGGGAUACUACGGCAACGCCACUGUAGGAACACCUUCCGAUUGUUUAAUAUGUGCCUGCCCUCUGCCAUACGCUUCUAACAACUUCGCGAACGGAUGCGAGGUCAACGAGGAAGGUAGUAAAAUUAGCUGCGACUGCUUGCCAGGAUAUUAUGGCGCCAGGUGCGAAGUCUGUGCAGCAGGCUACUACGGGAAACCUGAUGAACGUGGAAACUAUUGUAGACCCUGCGAGUGCUCUGGUAAUAUAGACACGAACGAGAUAGGUGCAUGCGACUCCAUAACCGGAGAAUGUCUUCAUUGCUUGAACAAUACGUACGGAGAGGCUUGCAACCUCUGUGCACCAGGAUACUUUGGUGAUGCUGUUGACAGGAAGGAUUGUCAGAGUUGCAUCUGCGAUACUUGUGGAAUGGAGGAGUGUGAUAGUUACAACGGAGGGUGUUUGUGCAAGGAAAACGUCAUCGGCGAUAAGUGCGACAGAUGCGAGAUCAACCACUAUGGUUUUGAGUCCUGUGAUGGAUGCAAGCCCUGUGAAUGCAGUUUGGCAUCUGAGAGUAGUCAGUGCGAUGACGAAACAGGGCAGUGUAAAUGUAAGCCUGGUGUCACUGGUAGAAAAUGUGACCAGUGUAUCCCGGGCUAUUGGAAUUAUGGACCUCAUGGAUGUAUAUCUUGUGGCUGUAACACAGGAUACUCUAUUGGCGCCUCAUGUAAUACUACCACCGGUCAUUGCACUUGCCUACCUGGAGUUAUUGGUGAGAAAUGUGACGAAUGUCCACACAGAUACGUUUUCAUCUUGGACGCGGUAAGUGUGAGCAGUGGCUGCUAUGAGUGCGACAUUUGCGUCCAUGAUCUUCUCGACGUUACCGAUAGCCUCGAGAAUAUGCUCGAGCCAGUCACUCUACAGUUCAAUAAGGUGGCUGAGAGUUAUUUUACCAAUCAACGACUGAAGUUUAUUAAUGACACUGUUAACGAACUGCAUCCGGAAGUUGAACUAUUGGACCCUAGAAGAGUGAACUUCUUGCCACUGCAACAAGAGAUCUCACGACUCGAUCAAGAAGUUGCGAAUCAAAAGCGUAAGGUCGAUUAUGCUGCUGAGGAUAGCAUCAAGUGGAAAAAGGGGGCCGACAAGACGCUCAGCGACAUGAAUAAUCUCGAGAAGGAUGUAAUGCGAGAAAUUGCACUUGUAAACAGCAUCAUAAUGGAAGUACAAUUACUUGCAUCAAACAUCGAACAAGGUACUGGAGCAAAAGUAGACAGUGCUCUUAAGGAAGCUAAAGACAUCCUGAAGCAGAUCCAGGAAGUGACCUUCACGGAAUUCAGAGAUAGAGCCACCGAUGAAUCAGGGGCAGCCAAUGUACUGAUAUCCGAAAUGCAAAAAUAUAACUUCCCAGUGAGCAAUUUAAGUUCCAUUGUAAUGGAUUUGAACAACAAAGUGAAAAACUUUAGUGCGAAGAUAGACGACCUGAAUAAUAUCACCAAUAAAGCGCAAGAUGUAGCGGGCAAUGCGGAGAGACUCAAUCUAGAAAAUAAAUUAGCAACGGAGACAGGUAAUUUUGAUAGUGUAAAGAAUUCAACGGCCGAAAUUCUGGAGGAUCUAGAAGCAGGCGAGCAGCUUAACAAGAAUGCUUCCCUAUUUCUGAAUGAGGCUUUAAGCAAUAUAUAUGCCUUGAAGGGCAACAUCGGCGCGGAUUCCACACUCAAAUUGAAUGAGACUAUCUUCUCCAAUGAUCAAAUGCUCGUUGAUGUCCUAAAGCCUGUUCAGAAUGCAAAGGAUCACGCAGACUCGCUCUAUCAACGGUCCUUGGAACUUGACAACAUUUUAACUGAUACUAGGAACACGACGGCAGUACGUGCUGUCUCGGCUUAUAAGGAUAUCGAAGAAAUUAUACAACAAGCGCGACAGGCUGCUGAGGAUGCACAUCAGGCUGCUAACAAUGCCACAGAAUUAUCAGAUGGUAUUGAAGACACGACUUCCGCAACUAGGGAUAAUUGCCUACAGCUUUUGGAAUCGGCUAAGAUUGCUGUAAACAAAACAGAAGGAACGUUACAAACAGACCUGCACGAAGCUCAGAAACAAACAAACGAUAUAAUACAGAAGAAUCAAUGGAAUAAUGAUGCCCUUGAUCGUAUUGAGAAAUCACUAAUUAACAUCCCUGUUAAAUCCUCAUCCGGUCUGGUUAAUACAUUCAUCGAAGGUGCAGAAGGGUCAAAAAUAAUUAUUCAACAAGCAAUCAGUAACAUGAACAGGAUAGUGAAUAAGAUUCCUAAUGACUUAAGAGAGACUAAACAAUUGUCCAAGGAUAGUGCUGAUUCGAAUAGAGACAUUUCUCAGGCGAAUAAACAAUUGGAUUCUGUUAGCAAAAUCGUGCCAAACAUUACAAAUCUGUUAGGUGACUUAAGUGAGAGACAGAAAUUAAUCAACAGUACCGGAAAUGAUUUACAAGACAAGAUCGAAUAUCUCAAAAAUAAAAUAGCCAAUGCCAGAGAACUUGCUGACAGAUUCAAGACUGGACUCACUUUCUACAGGAACACUACUCUGGAACUUAAGAAUCCUGAGAAUUUCCCUCUUCUUGCGACAUCCACGAAGAUUUCCCUGUACUUCCGCACCAAUAAGACCAACGGUUUCUUGCUUUAUCUUGGAAACGAGGAAAAAGCAAAUCUUCCAAGAAUGAAAUCUCAUGACUUCAUGGCGCUUCUCAUCGAAAAUGGUUAUCCUGUCUUAAUAGUGGAUCUGGGAUCGGGUCCUGAAAAAAUGAUAAGUAACAAGUUUGUUUCUGAUAACGUAUGGCGACAGGUAAUCGUUGAUCGUACAGGAAAAAAUAUCAAAUUAAUAGUCCGUGAGGACAUAGGAGAAGGCAAAUAUAAAGAAUUUGUCAAGGAGCAAGUUCUACCUGGAUCAUAUUCUAUCUUUAAUCUAGACCAGGAACAAUCAAAAUUAUUUGUAGGUGGUUAUCCCUCCUCGUUCCAAAUACAAAAUUCGGUCACCUCGUCUUCAUUCGACGGUGAAAUGGAAGAGUUAGUCAUUGGCGACAUACCAGUGUCAUUCUGGAACUUUAUUGAUGGUGAGAACAACAGACAGGGUGCCAUUGAAAGGAACAUGUUAAUAAAUUUAAAACCAAGCACAGGCUUCCGGUUUGACGGCAAUGGCUAUGCUGUUUUGAGUAAAGAGAAUUCACGGAUUUCAUCUGAUAACCUGAAGUUUUCUAUCAUUCUGCGCUUCAAAACAUUAGCAGAAGAUGGUUUAAUAUUCCAAAUGAUCAACAACCAGACAUUCUUGUCUCUGGAAAUGCAAAAUGGCCAUGUACUCUAUAGAUAUAGUUUUGGCGAAGGAGAAGCUAUACUGAGAUCCACUAACCGGUUCAAUGACGGUGACUGGCAUACUUUGAAUGCACUUCGGUUGAAAAGAAAGGGCGUGUUGAAGAUAGAUGGGCAGAGUGUGGCCAAAGCUGAGGCUCCUGGAAACCGUUCCGCUAUGAUAUUGCCAAGUCACAUCUACUUCGGCGGAUAUCCACCGAGUCAACAGCACGCGCACAGAGAAUCUGGCUUCGAGGGUUGCAUAGAUGAUGUUGUUAUAUUAGAUACUUCAGUAGAUCUUAGGAAAAAUAUUGAAGCGUUUGGUGUGGUGCCAGGCUGUCCAGUUCGGUUUUCCAAUCUAGUUUCUUUCGAAGAGCACAAACCGGGCUAUGUGAAAUGGCCUAACACAUCGAUAUCAAAUUCAAUGCAAAUCAAUUUGAAAUUCAAAACUGCAUCCAACAACGGCUUGAUAUUCUACGUCACAAAUUCCGAUCAAACGGCUACCAGUUCCCUAUCUCUGGUGGAUGGUUUACUGUCUUUCAAAAGUCAAGGGGAAGAACUGAGAACUAGUGACGCUGGAACAAAAUUCAAUGACAACGAGUGGCACGUUAUCACUGCCACGCAUGAGGACAAUGCUCUCAGAUUAGAUAUUGAUGACACAUUAAAUUACAGUACAGAUUCUGCACCACCUCCGAUACACAUUCUUUAUGGAAAUUUGUAUAUAGGUGGACUACCAAGUACAUUCAGUGUCUCUAAGGAUGGUACUGCAUCAGUUGCACCAUUUGCAGGUUGCAUAGGUGAUGCAACGCUCAAUGGUAUCAUAAUAAACUUUGCCAAUACUACAGAAAGACCACACAGUAUCCUGGGCAAAUGCAAGGGCAGCGAUCAACCAACAAUUCCUUCCGUUGUUGUACCCAUACCAAAUUGGCGGCCACCACCGCCACCAACUCCAGCAGAAGGAUUGGAUACUAUAACUAUGGCCCCAACACAACACACUAUGGCUACCUUCGUCAUUGAUUAUAACAAAGGCGAAGUCAUGUUGGAGGGUAGGAAAAACAUUGGUCCUACUGAAUCGAUCAGUACUACCAGCACUACUACAACGCCUAAGCCUAUUACCGUUGAUGAGUGUCGUCUACCUUUCUAUCCUGCAAAUGACACUGACUUGGAAAAUGCUUGGAGAAUCGGUACUGCCAAGCAUAGCAGAUUAGAAUACAGAACUUUCAAUGGAAGAUACAAGAAUCAAUAUGACUUCCAGAUAGACAUAAAGACUAUGGCUGAUGAUGGAAUAAUAUUCUACAGUUCUGACUUUACUAAACAAGAUUUGAUCGCCCUUUAUAUAGAAGAUGGAAGGGUCAAUUAUAAAUUUGAUUGCGGAAGUGGGCCAGCUCUGAUGACUAGUGUAAACAGAAUAAAUGAUAACAAAUGGCAUACCGUUGUUUUCAAACGUAAUGAAAACUGCGGUGAACUUAUUGUUGAUGAGUUCACACCAAUAUCCGGUUGUUCUCAAGGCCAUACGAAGACAAUCAACCUGAGCCCACCAUUCUUUGUUGGAGGAAUUAUUCCAGACAGAUCCAAACAUGCUCACGACACCCUUGGGCUGAACAAAACGUUCAAUGGAUGCAUUGGCAACUUCAUGAUGAAUGGACAAGUGGUUGGCGAACCAACUGAGAAGGUCGGCGUAAUUCCAUGCUCGAAGCGCGUGGAACCAGGGCUCUUCUUCUAUCCUGGAAAUGGAAGUAAUUUCUUCAAAGCAAUAGAUAAAUUUACCGUGGGCAGAGCGGUGGAUAUCCAAAUGGAUAUAAAACCAAGAUCAACUUCCGGUCACCUGCUGUCCGUUCAUGGCAAGCGUGACUUCCUGAUCCUAGAAAUGAUCAAUGGUACCAUCAAGUUCUUGGUGAAAACAGCCAAGGGCGUGAUAGAAACCACUUUCCAGCCUACGAUGCCAAAUUCACUGUGCGAUGGCAACUGGCACAAUAUUCAUGCCGCCAAACAAAAAAACACGGUUGUGUUAUCAGUUGAUCACAAAACUGCUCCUCUAGGAAUUAGUGGUAAAAAUUUAGCGGGAGUCUUCUCAAAGCAUCCAAUAUAUGUUGGAGGUCAUCCGCUGCUUAGCCGAAAAUUACGUGGCAGCGUGUCACACGCUCAAUAUGUUGGUUGCAUAAAGAAUAUUAUGAUCAAUCGUAUGAAUAUAAAUUUGGAUGCUGAACGAAUUAAUGGCCACGUAACAGCUAGUGUCUGCCCAACGAUAUAAACGCAUUGGCAGCAUAAUUAAUUUAAAAAUUCUUAAUAAAGAACCAAAGCAGGUAUCAAAACAAAUUAAAGAAGAAAAAAUGUACGAUGUAAGAUUCAUUGUAAGAAAAAAAUAAAUGAUAUAUUUUACGCUCGUUUUCCUAGAA